AUGAUAGACGCACGGUAUCAGGUGUUAUUCUUGCUAGGAGUUUUAUGGGCCCCUGUUAGAGCAAACGAUGACCCGUGUCACAGCUAUCAACCCAUAACUGACGAAUGGAGGAACAUUAACUACGGACAGAAAUAUUUCUGUGAUAUCACUCACCGGUGGCAUGGCUGGUACCGCUUCAUGGGGAGGGCUGGCAACAAGAUGCCCGAUUCGGCGCCAUCACAGAGGCAUUGUGGCACAUCAUACCCCAUCUGGUUAUCCGGUGGUCAUCCAAAGGUCAGCAAUGGCAUAGUGUCACGACGACUGUGCACAUACUAUUCCUCCUAUACGUGCACCACUAGUUCGCAACAUGGUGCAUUUCAAGUGUAUGAAUACGCCAAGGUGAAGAAGUGCCCAGGAGGAUACUAUGUCUACCAGCUGCCAAAUCUGCAGUUCACGUGUAAUAGGGCAUUCUGUGCAGUUAAAGACACCAGUGACCCUUGCCUGGACAGCAACUGUACAUACGGGUGUGUCAACCAAAAUGGCCAGGCGCAGUGCACGUGUCCAGCUAACGUACUCAACUCAAACAGAAACCAAAGUUGCGGAGGUCAUCCUACAGUGAAGGACGGCAUCGUCAAAAGGAAUAUCUGUACUCGGUCUUCUAGCUCCAGGUGUUCCUGUUACUUCAACUCGCACACCACCUUUGACUACGCCAUGGUGCGGAAAUGUCCGGGCGGGUAUUAUGUGUACAAGUUCCCUCAGUUCCAGUGGCAAUACUGCCAUGUUAACAUUUGCGGAGUGACCGACACCAGCGACCCCUGUCUGAACAGUACUUGUACUCACGGCUGUACUGGUGACAAAGGGAGCCCAGUGUGUACGUGUCCUAGAAACCUGGUGCUGGCGGAGGACAAGAACACGUGCAGUAAUAUAUCUGUGCUUGGGUUCCCAUACGCCCUGUGUUUAUGA